GGUAGCCAAUAGUAGGGUCGCGUCGUUCCUUUCCCCGCCAAUCGGGGAGCGGUUUAUUGCCGGUUGGGCGAAGCGCUCGGUGUGUGCGUCCGCCCGCUGUGGAGCUGGGUCCCUGGCGCGGGGCAGGCGAGUCUUCUUCUACUCCUCCUCCUCCUCCUUCCUCUCCUCCUCCCCCCCGCCCCUUCUCCCCGCGCUUUGUUGGUGCCUCUCCCGGGAGGGCGGCGGCGGUGGCGGCCGGCGGCGAUGCCCGAGUUCCUGGCCGAUCCGUCGGUGCUGACCAAGGAGAAGCUGAAGAGCGAGCUGAUCGCGAACAAUGUGAGCCUGCCGGGCGGCGAGCAGCGCAAGGACGUGUACGUGCAGCUCUACCUGCAGCACCUCACCGCCCGCAACCCGCCCGCCGCCGUCGCCGCGCAGCCCGACUUCUCCAGCGACGAGGAGCGGGAGCCCACGCCUCUGGGCGCCAGGAACCGCGGCGCUGCCUCCGGGCGGAAAGCCACAAAGAAAACUGACAAACCCAGACCAGAGGAGAAGGAUGACCUAGAUGUAACAGAGAUGAGUAAUGAAGAUCUCCAAGAGCAGCUUCUGAAGUAUGGAGUAAAUCCUGGCCCAAUUGUAGCUACUACUAGGAAACUUUAUGAGAAAAAACUGUUGAAACUGAUGGAGCAAGGUCCAGAACUGAAGGCACCGGUGCCUCUCCCAGUGAUUUCUUCAACUGCUGAGAACACCAGACAGAAUGGCAAUAAUGAUUCUGACCAGUACAGUGACAAUGAAGAAGAUCCGAAGACUGAGCUGAGGCUUGAGAAGAGAGAACCAUUGAAAGCCAGGAUGAAGACUCCAGUAGCACUCAAACAAAGAAGAGUUGUUGAACACAACCAGACCUAUUCUCAAGAUGGAGUUACUGAGACUGUCUGGACAAGUGGAUCUUCAAAAAGUGGACCUCUGCAGGCAUUUUCUAGGGAGUCUACAAGAGUGUCAAGAAGAACACCAAGGAGAAGGGUGGAAGCUACAGCACAGUUGCCUGUAGAUGGUGGUGUAAUAACAGAGAGUACUCCCAUAGCUGAAACUAUAUUGACUGCAAGCAACGAGACCCUAGUUGUCAAUAGGGUGCCUGGAAAUUUCAAGCAUGCAGCUCCUACACUGUCAAUCAGUGAACUCUCAGACAUGCCCAGAAGAACACCAAAGAAACCAUUGAUGACAGCUGAAGUGCUGGAAAGAACUCACACAGAAGAACGAAGAGUAGAAAGGGAUAUUCUUAAGGAAAUGUUCCCUCAUGAAGUGUCAACGCCUACAGGAAUUAGUGCUAGCUGCCGUAGGCCAAUCAAAGGAGCUGCUAGCCGGCCUAUAGAGCACAGUGACUUCAGAAUGGAGGAAAGUUUCGCCAAGUAUGCUGCAAAAUAUGAUACCUCAACUAACAUCAAGUCAGAGAAACCACCAACGAAAAAAGAACGCUCCAUUCCCCUGUGGAUAAAAAUUCUUUUCUUUGUUGUUGUUUUGGUCUUCUUGUUUUUGGUUUAUCAGUCUAUGGAAACUAAUCAAGGAAAUCCUUUCGCUAAAUAUCUGAAUAUUCCCUCUCCGGGUAGUGCCAAAUGAGUAUCUUUUUGAAAGGCACACCUGAUUUGAUCUCCUGUUUUUAAUUGUAGAGAACUCUUCUGCCCUCUCAUCGGCUCAAGGACUUCUUACAAAUAAUGUGAUUGGAACCUGAUAAAUUGGAUAAUGAAGCAAGAUUAAAUGGACAUUGGUAACUUUCUGGACUUUGGACUAGUAGGAGAUCACUUUGCCAUAGGAGUAACAUUUUUUUAGAUCUUUGAACUUUUUGUAGGCUUUAUUUUUUUAAUGUGGACAUCCUUUAAAUUGAUUUUUUGAGAAACUGUAUAUUUGUUUUUGCAAGAACUUGGAAGUUGAGAAGGGCAAAAAUGUAGUAAAAUGUGAAGCUGUGUUUUUAAAGCUUUUUCUUUGUACAGAAAAGAAGUUGUACUUUUGUCUCUAGAUUGUGGAGGAGGAUUUUAACACUGGUGAUAAAGGGAAAUGCAUUUUUACAUGCAUUUUUUCAGUAAAUGUAAUUGAAUUUGAUCUCUUAGGAUAUAGGGGGAGUACAACAACCUUUUCUGUAGAUUACUGUAACUUUUUAGUAAAUGUAACUGUAAACCUGUUUGCAUUUCUGUAAGUCUUAGUAUCAUAUUAGUAACAGUUUAAGCGUAACAUCAUUUAAAUGUAUCUCUUCAUUUUAGUGCUUACAGUGUUGUAGGAGCUGAAUACAAAUCUAAUUGGCAAGAGAUGUCUUAGAGGAACUUAUUUAUUAGUCAUAUGCGUGGAAAAUAAAAAUUGCAUCAGUAUAAUUUGCUACUAAAAUAUGUUUUUUGGGUCAAGGUUGUUAUCUGAAGUAGUCUAAAUUCUGACUUUAGCAGUGGUCUUUUUUCUUUUUUAAAAAAGCGAGGUCUUUCCAACACAGCUUUAUGUGAUUAUCUUUGAGUACUCAUUUAGAGGACUAUUCUCAAAGUGUGAAAAUUCCAUAUGAAGUUUUAUUCUUGUAUGAAGAGGGCAUUGCUGCAUUUUCUGCUACAGUUUCAUCUUCUAAGGUGAGAUUUACUACUUUCAUGCAGUUGAAUAUUUUUCUCAGUGAAAGCAUGCUGAAACACUCUAUAUUGUGAACUUAGUUGAGCAGGCAGCUGACUUCACUACUACCAAUGAAGAGUGAUAAGCAACAAUUUUUAAAGUGAAUGUAUACAUUUUGGUGUGCUUUAAUCUGCAGCAUACAGAUGUUCAGUCUCAUUGCUUGGUACAAAAUCGCAAUAAAUCAUACUACUUAUUCUUAAAGUGCUACUUAUAAAAAGCUCAGAACAUUAGUUAAUAGUAAAUAUCUUUUUACUCUAGGUACAAUUAUUGUGUAGAUUAUAGUUAUGGGGAAGCUUUACUUUCUGUGAACUUUGGGACAAACAUGGUAAUUUGUAGCAAAGCAAUAGGGGGGGUUCUGUUAAGACUAAUUUUUUUUUCCUUUUAAUCUGCUUUUUUGAGUAAUCCAAAUAGCUAAACUUGUGUCCAUCCUAUAGAGAAUUGUAACAUAAGACAUUCACUUGAUGUCAAAAUGCAAAAAAAUAAAAAUAAUUUUAAUGUGUGUGAAUUUUCCGUAUCAAAAUAAAUGCAUUGCUGAAAAGCAGCAGAAGCAAGACAA